CAAACAUAGACAGACAUCACGACUCACGAGAGACUAGGACUAGAGUUGAGAGUAGAGACUAGAGAGUCAAGAGUCAGUGUUCAGUUAGUUGAGGGUCAAGAUGGUUAUGUGGCCAUAGUUUAACGUAGUAAUGAACUGUAUAAUUCUGUGAACAUUUGGGAAAGUUAUAAAUAAUGAUCGGAAUUGUUGAUUUUAAAAAUAUAAGUAACUUUAAAUUGUAGUCUGGCGCGUGAUGUGGAGGUUAUCCUGGAUAGCUUUUCUUUUAUUCACUACAUCUUUAUGAUGGCCUUUCGUGUACGGGUGUUGCACUCUAUAGUAUUGAGUGUAGUGGGUGCGUCAUUCAUUGUCUACUCCUCGUACUAUGCCAACCCUGUACAGUUGUAUCGCAUUGAACAGCCACAUCAAGAAGCGAUGCAAAACCAAAGUAAAGCACCAGUUGACGGGGUAAAACCGGAUGUAAAAGUAGAAGAGCCGGAAGCACUUAAACCUUCUCCUGCCAAGAUUGAUAAGAAACCAGCUGUUAUUCAGAAAAUACCUCCAAAAAGUGAAACCGAGUCAAGUCCUAAUACGAACAAAACAAAAACAAAAGGAGGGUUUUUGACGAGGAAUAUCUACGCAGCAGGACACAACCUCACUAUACCGGAGCUGUGUCCCGAACUAGGGGCGAGAUUGCGCCUGCUGAUAGUGAUCACGACUGCACCGGACCACGCAGCAGCUCGCAUGGCUGUGCGUCAGACUUGGGGACACUACACCCAACGCAAGGAUGUGGCCAUAGCAUUUUGCAUCGGAACAACAUCAAAACCCGAUGUUAUGGCCGGAAUUUUAGAAGAAGAAGAGACGUAUGGCGACAUAAUUCAAGGGAAUUUUAUUGACUCUUAUGACAACCUAACAUUGAAAACAGUGUCAAUUCUAGAGUGGAUAGAUAAUUACUGCCCACGAGCCAAAUUCGUGCUUAAAACUGAUGACGAUAUGUUUAUUAACGUACCUAAGUUACUAGAGUUCAUCGAUACCCAUUUAAAUGCCCAGAGGACUAUAUUUGGGAGAUUAGCGAAGAAAUGGAAACCGAUACGUAACAGUCGAUCCAAGUAUUACGUGUCUGUGGACCAGUUCUCUCCCGCGAUAUUUCCGGACUUCACCACCGGGCCUGCGUAUCUUUUAACUAGUGACAUCGUCCACGAACUGUACGAUCACGCCUUGGACGUCACCUAUCUCAAGCUAGAGGAUGUAUUUACCACAGGUAUAAUAGCACAAUCUCUCAACAUCAAACGAGUUCAUAUCAACGAGUUCCUAAACAAAAGAAUUCCUUUUAACGUGUGCAAUAUAAAGAAAGGUAUUAGUAUUCAUAUGAUUAAAUCUCACGAACAGUUUGAUCUGUGGAAAAAACUUUUAGACGGAAGAUCAAAGUGUAAGUGAGAGAUGUAUAACGCAACAAAAAGAUAGUGCCUAUCAAAUGUUAACGUGUUACUUCAGUGUUGCAUUUAAUACAGUUCCCUGCACUCGAGUGAAUAGCCGUAGUCCGACACUGACGCUUUUAAAAGAAUUUUUAUGAACCUGACGCAAUGUAACCUUCAUUGUAUAAAUUCAAUUGUAAGCGAAUGCAAUAUUUGAGAGCAAUUCUUUUAUGAGUUACCUGUUGAUAUGGGUUCAUUACUUACAGAUGAGGAUCAGACGAUGUUGUCCCAGUGUACAUAUUGCAGCCUGGUGCCAUAGUAGGCUACCACACUAUUAGCCUAGUACAGUCUCUGUACGUACCCUUCUGUACAUCACCUUAAUCUAGGCUUCAUCUUGCACUUAGCAAACUGGUUUCGCUUUAAAGUUAGUUUGUUAGAGCGUAUUGCCAAAACAAAGCCUCUUUCAAAAGGAGGUGUGUAUUAUAAUUUUAUUUUAUCAUAUAUUUUAACGUAUUUAUUUGUUCAAGGGACAUAUUUUUAUAUAUGAACUAUACAUUUUUGUAUUAAAAUACAGUGAUGAAGAGCUUACUGUGAUGCAAAGGCCAUAUUGAAAGGUCUAUUGUUUCCUUUAGUUUAACACAAAAAUUUUACUCUGGCUUGUAUCCCUGUUAUAAAUACGUAUUCGCAUUGUUAUAUUAAUUUUGAUUUGUUUGUCUACAGUACAUGAAUCCAAAAUAUUAAACAAUAGAUCGGUACACAUAAAUCUCGAGUUAGUACAAUAUAGAUAAAAUCCAUCACUCAAUUAUACAUUUUUUGGACUCGUCCAUCCUAAUAUUUUGAGAACAAAUGCUUACCUGAACCAAAAGUGUUCAAAUGAUCUGUAUUUUUAUUUUAACUGUAGGCAAUGUAGUUCGCAAAUGUACAGCAUUAUUUAUUUUUUAUAACAAAUUGUGCACCAUGUUUCAAUGAAACUGAGAAAUUUUAUAUAUUUAGUAGUUGUAUCGUUUAAAAAAUAACUGUAUAAAUAAUAAUGUGAUUUUAUGGUAAGUUUGGUAUUUUUCCAUAUUUAUUACUGCAAGUAGUAAUAAUACAUUUUUACUCACUAAUCAGUAAGUUUCCAAUUGGAGUUUUUGUGAGAUUAGUUAUAGCUGGAGACUAUGAUAGGACUAUGAGACUUUGUGGUGAGUUAAUUUGCACAUGACUCUUAGGAAUCUAUUCUUAUUUGCUGUUUAAUAACUGUUUAGUUUUGUUGACCUCAUAAUAAAGGUUUUCAGUGCAUCA